UCCCCUAAUCCCUUUCCUACCAUUUGUCUGCAUUGUGCAUUCUUCGCCCCUCCCGCUCUCCAGGCUUCUCCUUCUCGCCUUUUUCCUCCCUCGCAAGAGCUAAGAGCGUCUUCAAAAUGGAUUUUUUCUUCAGAGGCGUAAAUGAGGAUUCUGCACCUUCGCAAAUGGAAGUUCUUAGGUGUCCAUUUUUGAGAAACAUUAAUGAGCCAACCAAUUUCUCUUUUUCCUCACCUAUGCCUUUCCCCAUGCCAGUUCGAGGAACUAAAGGUCCAAUUUUCGAAGAUGGACCCAAUUUUGACAUGGCAUUCAGGCUUUUCCAUGGGCAUGAUGGAGUUGUCCCCCUAUCAGAAAGAUCAUUCAUACGGAUUGAGAAAGUAGAGCCUAAGCCAGCCCCACCACAGUUCAAUCCUUUGGCUGCAAAGGCAGCUACAAUUAGUCUAUCGUCCUUUGGACCUGGAGGGCCCUUUGGUUUUGAUGCAUUUUCUAACAUGUGGAAGAAUCAAAAGGGAAAAUCAAAAUCAUCCAAGAAACGGUCUCCUUCUCAGGGAGGGAAGUCUAACCAUGAGGCAUUGAGCAAUGAAUGGCUGCAAAGUGGGAACUGCCCUAUUGCAAAGUCUUAUAGAGCAGUUAGCAAUGUUCUACCACUUGUUGCAAAGGUUUUCCAGCCUCCUCCAGGGAUAAAACUGAUCUGCCCACCAGCAGUUGUUGCAGCACGAGCAGCACUAGCACGAACUGCUUUUGCAAAGAAUCUCCGUCCACAGCCCUUGCCUGCAAAAAUACUUGUGAUUGGGUUAUUAGGCAUGGCAGCAAAUAUUCCUUUAGGGAUAUGGAGGGAACACACUGAAAAGUUCUCACCAUCUUGGUUUGCAGCUGUCCAUGCAGCUGUUCCAUUCAUAGGUAUGCUAAGGAAGUCUGUUUUGAUGCCCAAAACAGCAAUGGCCUUCACCAUUGCAGCCUCUGUACUUGGACAGGUUAUCGGCUCUAGGGCAGAGCGAUACCGACUGAAAGCAGUGGUAGCAAAAAAAUCAGCCCUCGAGGUAUCCUCUGUUGUGGAUGCAAGUCAGUUACAAGUUGUUGCCGUUAAAGGUGACCAUUGCGGCAGACAUGUGGAAUGGGAGCCAGUUCACCUUCAGCUAACCGCGCCGCCUUCAUCAGCUGAUGUAUAUUGCUGAUUUUCUCCCACAUUAUGCCUAUUUUGAUUGCGUGUUGAAAAAAGUGCUUGUUUGUUCCACGUUUUCCAGUGUUCCUUUCUUGGACUAUGGUCAUUAGACAUUGUUCACGGUAAUUGAUUGAGAAUAAAGAUACAGAAAUCUUUUUCU